AUGCCUUUCCACAAGUUGGUUAAGAACAGCGCGUACUACAGUCGCUACCAGACCAAGUACAAGCGCAGACAGCAGGGAAAGACCGACUACUACGCCCGCAAGCGCCUCAUCACCCAGGCCAAGAACAAGUACAAUGCUCCCAAGUACCGCAUGGUCGUCCGCUUCACCAACAAGGACAUCAUCACCCAGAUCGUCUCUUCCGAGAUCUCUGGUGACAAGGUCUUCGCCGCUGCCUACGCUCACGAGCUCAAGGCCUACGGUAUCAAGCACGGUCUGACCAACUGGGCUGCCGCCUACGCCACCGGUCUCCUCCUCGCCCGCCGUGUCCUGAAGAAGCUCGGUCUCGAUGAGGACUUCACCGGUGUUGAGGAGCCCGAUGGUGAGUUCACCCUCACCGAGGCCGCCGAGACCGACGACGGUGAGCGCCGCCCCUUCAAGGCCUUCCUCGACAUUGGUCUUGCCCGUACCUCCACUGGUGCCCGUGUCUUCGGUGCCAUGAAGGGUGCUUCCGACGGUGGUCUUCUGAUCCCCCACUCCGAGAAGCGAUUCCCCGGCUACGAUAUGGAGACCAAGGAGCUCGAUGCCGACACCCUCCGCAACUACAUCUUCGGUGGCCACGUCGCUGAGUACAUGGAGACUCUGGCCGAUGAUGAUGAGGAGCGCUACCAGAGCCAGUUCCAGCAGUACAUCGACGACGACGUCGAGGCUGAGGGACUCGAGGAGCUCUACACCGAGGCCCACGCCGCCAUCCGUGAGGACCCCUUCAAGAAGGUCGAGGGCGAGGGCCCCAAGAAGACCAAGGAGGAGUGGAAGGCCAUCUCCCUCAAGUACCGCACUCCCCGCUCCACCAAGGCCGAGAAGGAGGAGCGCGUCAAGGCCAGAAUCGCAGAGCUGCUGGCCGAGGAAUAA